AUGAAGAAGUGGAAGGGCGUCAGCUUCAUCGCGAUGCCCGCGUGCGUCUGCCUCGGCGCGUGGUCGUUCAUGAACAUGGAGCACCACCACCCGGCUGAGCGGCCCGCGUACUCGUACUUGAACAUUCGGAACAAAAUCAUGCCGUGGGGCGGGAAGUGCGGCUUGUUCGAAUACGGCAAGUGCCAGGAGCCGGACGACGAGUGA